AUGUUAUCUGGAAGUGGAGAACAAUUAGAGGCAAAAGUUGAGAAAUCUGUGGACCAAGUGUUGGAUGAACUGAAGACUCCAUUGACUCCAAUCAGGAAAUUCCUCAUCAAAAACAUAUUCCUUCCGUACACUAGACGUGGUGUCGGAUACAGAGAACUCUCCAAAUAUUUUAUGAUUUGGAUGAAUAACCACUUGAAGGAUGGCUUUUGGUAUUUGGCUCAACAGAUGGCUAACGAAGGGCUCAUUCCUUCUGUCGAUUCAUUCUUCUACUUAACCGCCGAUGAAGUGGAAGCGCUCUGUAAUGGAGACAGAAAUCCAUUAAUUCUGGCGAAAGUGAGACAAAGGAAACGGCUUUACCCAAAAAUGGAUAAAUAUAAGUUUGAUGAGUUUAUUAAAGGACCAGAAAUGAAACCAAGAAAUUUUGAAGACCGUAUUAUUCCUCCAAAUCUGGGCACAGGUAUGGUUCAGAUGAAGGGAACUCCAGUAAGU